UAGCUUCCGUACAAAAAACUCCCCUGACAACACGACGCUAAUUUUCACAAUUAUUGUUUACAAACAUUACACGUUGUUUCAAACUCUGCAAAAUCUUAAUUAAAUGCCAAAAAACGCAAAAGUGAUUGUAAGAUAUGGACCAUACAGAGCGUGCGGAGUGGUUGAUUACCGGACGUCUAGGUUAGAUGGCCUUCAAGCCUUCUUAACCAAACAUGGCCACACAGUAGAGCUGACUAAGCAUGAGGAUUGGAACACAGUUGAGCUGAUGGUUAAUGGCGAAAUGGUUUACAAAUGUGAUAUCAACGACCUAGAUUAUGGUAUGUAUUUAAUGUGGUGAUGGGGAACUUGAUAACCUGUGCCUAGAAGCAAGUGAAGCAGUUCAAAAAGCACAUUAACAACAAUACGACUACGUAAAUAGUGUCAGUAUUCGAUAGCUACAUCACCAAAGAACAAAAAUAUUUCAUCUCAACAUAGAUGUAACAAUUGAGUAGUCUGUGUAAAUAAAAUGUAUAUUUUCUGUGUGUAGUAAUGAUAGUCAAUUGGCUACAGCUUAAUGAUGGAGUACAGGUUUAUAAUUGAGUUGGGUCUUACAAUUGUGUACAGCUUUACAAUAGAAGUACAAUUGAUUAGUCUUUAUAAUUAAUUAAAUGCAGCCUUUUCGAUUGAGUUGAGUCUUAAAAGUUGAGGACAGCCUUAUGAAUGCGGCCUUAUGAUUGAGUACAGAUUUAUAACUACUGAGUAGGCCUACAGCAUUUGGAUUAGAUUACAGCCUAAAGGCCUGUUUAUACUUGCAAUCAUGGAAAAAUGAUGAAAUCGUUACUACUACGAUUUUAUUGUUUUUCCAUGAUUAUGACGUCA